AGUCCAAUCGCAAAUUGUCGGGAGUGGUCACAUAUUAAGCCAAGGUUUGAGACUCAUCUUCAUCUUACAGCGGUACAUCGCACGCUACCCCGUUACCCAAUAACUUGGAACUAUUUUGCCUUGUUGGAUCGGGUACAUCUUAUUCCCCGGUCUUCGCUAUGGAGCAGGACCCGGCGAAUUAUUAUUCACUACGGCUCCCGAAACCAAACUACCUCCCUCACAAAGUCGAUGUUGACGAGCCUGUCGUAAAGAAGUUUAACACACCUUUGGACCGUCCUAGCGACCUUGAAAAUGCUGCCUAUCUUAGCAAGAUUAAGCGUUUUGCUCAUGAGCAUGGGAUCACCAAGCCUAAAGGCUACAAAGUCUCAUUUCAUUACAACCCUGAGAUGGAGAGGCAUCACUUCGGCCAGACGCACCCUAUGAAACCCUGGCGCUUGACUCUCACCAAGAGCCUGGUCUCAUCCUACGGCAUGAGUUUUGCGAUGGACAACUACACCGCCCGCGCCGCCACCUAUGAGGAACUCACAGCAUUUCAUACAAAUGAUUACGUUGAAUUCCUUGCCUCAGUCCCACCCCAACCGCUCCCACUAGAUGUCGACAACAUGCAUCCAGAUCUGAAAUUCAACCUGGGAGGCAGUGACUGUCCACUGUUUGAAGGAUUAUACGAUUAUUGUUCCAUGUCUGCCGGUGGUUCUUUGGAUGCCGCUAGGAAACUCUGCACAGGACAAUCCGACAUCGCCAUAUCCUGGGGCGGAGGACUACACCACGCCAAGAAAUCGGAAGCUUCCGGUUUUUGCUAUAUCAACGAUAUUGUUCUUGGUAUACUACAACUCUUGCGCGUUCACCCCCGAGUUCUUUAUAUCGAUAUCGAUGUGCACCAUGGAGACGGCGUGGAAGAGGCUUUCUUCUCCACUGAUCGUGUCAUGACUGUCUCCUUUCACAAGUAUGAUCCGCAGGUGUUCUUCCCCGGCACUGGCGCUUUAGAAGACAACGGACCUAGAAGCGAGCACAAUCCGGGAGCCCAUCAUGCUAUCAACGUACCACUGAACGACGGCAUCACCGACGAGCAGUACGAGUGGCUGUUCAAAAGCGUCAUUUCUAGGUGCAUAGAGAAAUUUAGACCUGGCGCUAUUGCUUUGCAGUGCGGCGCAGAUUCCCUUGCCGGUGAUAGGUUAGGUAAGUUCAAUCUGCUUGUGCAAGGGCACGCAUCAUGCGUGGAGUACUGCAAAAGCCUCAACAUCCCUCUGCUCAUGUUCGGAGGAGGCGGCUAUACGCCUCGAAAUGUCGCGCGCGCCUGGGCAUACGAGACAAGCAUCGCCAUCGGCCACAAUAAGACCAUCCCAGCGGAAAUCCCGCUCCAUACACCAUGGCGCGAGCGUUUUCGCCAAGACACACUUCUACCCACCCUAGAACAAAUCUUAGGGGAACCGCGACAAAACAAGAACCCCAAGAAGAAACUCGACGAUAUCAUCGAACACGUCACCGAGCAAUUGCGAUUCGUGGAGACGGCACCCAGUGUACAAUUCUCUACUAUCCCGCCCGAUCUUGGACCUAUCCGGGACGAAGUGGAACAGAGAAUUAAGGAGGAAGUUGACGAGAGAGAUGAGAUAGGACGAAAACUUCGCGAAGAGGCUGUUGGUGAUCGCAUGGAACUGUAGGUUUGAUAAUUAUGGGAGUCUACGGUUGCCGGAGACUGAAGGGUGGUAUUGGCUGUAUGUUUGGGCUGCCUUGAUCAGCAAUAUCUAGUAACUCGUUUUAGUCGCG